CGAAGAAGAUGGCUACACGUAAGAAGUCCCUUUUGAAAGUUAUCAUUUUGGGCGACAGCAGCGUUGGAAAAACCUCACUGAUGAACCAGUAUGUGAGCAAACGAUUCUCAAAUCAAUAUAAAGCCACAAUUGGUGCUGAUUUCUGUACGAAGGAGGUGGUGGUCGACGAUCGUGUCGUUACAAUGCAAAUUUGGGAUACUGCCGGCCAGGAACGUUUCCAAUCACUGGGCGUUGCUUUUUAUCGCGGCGCUGAUUGUUGUGUUCUCGUCUAUGACGUCACAUCACCCAACUCAUUCAAGAACCUCGAUUCGUGGCGUGAUGAAUUCUUAAUACAGGCCAGUCCCCGUGAUCCCGAACAUUUUCCGUUUGUUGUGCUGGGCAACAAAGUGGACAUGGACAAUCGUCAGGUGUCGACACGAAGGGCUCAACAGUGGUGUCAGUCGAAAAACGAUAUUCCCUAUUUCGAGACAUCGGCCAAGGAGGGCAUCAAUGUGGAGCUGGCAUUCCAGACAAUUGCCAAGAACGCCUUGGCCCAGGAGGCUGAAGUAGAACUCUACAAUGAAUUCCCCGAUCAGAUUCGUUUGAAUGCCGAUCGAAACAGUCGUCCCGGAAAUGCUGAUAACUGUCAAUGCUAAUUCUUAAGUUUCUGUUUUUUUUAAA